CCGGUGGGGAGCGCGCGCGCACACACACACACACGCGCGCGCAGGCAGACAAGUGUGUCCGUGUGUGGAGGAGAGAGCAAUGUGAAGCCCCGCCACCGGAGCUGGAUCCCGAUCAUAACUACAGCAGUGUUGUGAAUGGAUUUACGGUCGAGGAAUUCAUUCGCGAGACGAGCGGUCAAUAGUCAGCGGAGAGAAGAGCAGGAUGAAAGCGGGGAGCUUCGGUUCCAGCCUGCGACAUCUCGGUGGCGAAGCGGAGUUUGGGAGCCUCCAUCACUAGGGGCCGAGCGGGAGCGCGGCUCUCUCAACGUGCCAGAUGCGGAAUCCGAGGUUUGGUGCGCAUGACUCCGCGCUUUUCUUCAACUCUCAGUCAGCGCCGCCUUCUCCGCGCUCAGACUCGUAAACCAGGAGCGAGUCGGAGCCCGCUCGGUCUCGGGAUGGCCUGUUAUUACCUGGUCAUCAGCUCCACGCACCUGAGGAACGGACACUUUCGUCGAGUCAAAGGGGUCUUCCGCGGACCCCUGUGUCCUGGAGCCGGCGACUCACCGGAGCAAGCGGAGAGGGCUGUGGAGGAUCUGAAGGCUCUGUACUACUGUGAGCUCUGUGACAAGCAGUACCUCAGACACCAGGAGUUUGACAACCACAUCAACUCCUACGACCACGCACACAAGCAGAGGCUGAAAGAGCUCAAGCAGAGGGAGUUUGCUCGUAACGUGGCCUCGAAGACAUGGAAGGAGCAGCGCAAACAAGAGAAAGCUCUCCGACGUCUGCACCAGCAAGCGAGUCAUCGAGUUGCAGAGAGGAAUUGUGGAGUCAGAAGUGCCGUCAGAGUGGUGAACAAGCCGCCGACCGAACGCAGAGAGCGCGGCCCCGAGGACAGAGGCACAUCUUCUGCUGCACAAGCUCUGGCUCGCUGUGGAUCUCCGACCCAGCUGGCCACUUCACGAGAGCCCAGCACGUUUCCAGCGUCCCACGAGGCCAAACCGCCAUCCCAUCAGGCCCAGCGCGGGAGAGUGGGGGGCAGGCUCGGCGUGUCCUUCUGCUUCUCCCGCAAAGGGCCAAGACUGGAGCCUUCAGCUUCAGUCUUCUCUGACCACGAAGAAGAAGAAAGAGAAAAAAGGGAACAAAUUAGAGAGAGGAUAAAGAAAAUAAUCAAAGAUAUAGACAGAGAGAUCAAGGAAAGCAACCAUGGACGGAAGUACACUGAGUGUAAGCUCAUGGAAGACGGCGUCCAUGGUGACCACACCCCGAUGUCCACGGAGGAUGUGAACAGAACAGAAGACUCGAUUUCUGUUCCAUCUGAAUGGGCCUCAGCUGAGGAGCCUAUGCGUGUGCUCGGGAAGGAUGGCGCGACUCGGUUGAGUUGGCCCGUCGGCUUACUGAAGUUCACCAAGUCCGAGCCGCGCAUCUCCUACAGCUGCAACCCAAAACUGGCUCCCACAGGGCUGCUGGAUGCUUCAUCAGAUGAACAGCUUUCAUGUGUGCUGGACACUUUUCAAGAGGAGGCAGGACUCAAGGCAGGUGGGAGUGAUGCACAGGUACAAGCAGAUGUUGAUGCGAAAGCAGAAGCACAGCUGUCCGGUGACAACACGGUGCUAACGUCACCAGACGGAGACACACCAAGUACAGUGAGGUCGGUCUCCCGUUCGAACUUCUGGUCUCCUCAAGAGGGAAGAUUAGGGGGUCCAAGGGGGAUCAGGGCGAGAGUGAGCAGUAAAUUACAGCCUGUCACCAAGGCUAGCACGCCGAGUGCUUGCUGCAUCAGGUGUGAAAGUGAGGCGGCAGGUCGGAGCGCAUCGAAGGCUGAUUCAGAAACAGCCCGCUUGUGGAGGAAAAUCAAGACAAAUACACCAGGGAAGAAAAAGUGGGACAGAAAGAAACACCACAAGUCAAACAAGAAGAAGAAGAAAAUGAAGUCCUCGGGAUGCAAACUCAGAAGCGUAGUCAUGAGCGUCUCCACCGGCAGGGACAGAAGAUCGGUUGUGGAAAGAUGCUGGGAGAGCAAAGGCAGCAACACUGCAGGAAGGAGGGAAGCGCUUGGAGGGUGCUGCUGCCUCCUGGGGAGGUGUUCUGUCUUGGUCAGAAAAAGGGGGCCUCACCGAAGCCUUCCUCCGGGACCAGCCUCACUCAGCAGGACCCCUGCAGACGGACGGGUCCAGGGGAAGAGGGCCUUUCCCUGGCCAGGCAGCAAAAACCUGCUUUGGGAAAAGGGUCACCAUAGCAACCCCAGGAGUUUCAGUGACUGCAGUUACCCUGACGACAGCUGUAAUGGCUGCCCUGCAAGAAAGAGGAAACUCCUCCACAGGGAAAACGGACAGAAAAACAGAGGUCAAACAGGUAGUCGGGCCCUGGUGUCAGAGGCAGAGAGAGGGAACAGUCUGAGCAGCACGGAGGCCGAGGGCAGCUCUGCGAAGGAGGGUUCAAGACAUGGAAGCUGGGUGAGUAGCCCUAGUCCGAGCAGGAGGCGCAGGAGUGGUAGACCCCUCGAAGAAUGGGACGGGUGCAGCUUGGAGAGAUGGACUUGGGGCAGCGCGGACAGCUGGGACGACAGGAGAAAGAGCAGCCUUCAGGGCGAAGGCGACAGAAGUGGUCUAAGCUGCACACGCGGGGCUUCAGACAACACACAGCAUCAUCGCUCACCAGGUCCGCAGUGGUGGAUGGGGCACACCGGCGUGCAUCGCAGCCCCAUGAGCAGUCCCAGCAUGUCGGAGAUGAGCCUGGAGUGGAGCAGAAGCAGCACUAGCUCGGGAUGCACGGCCAACAGGAAGCUCUCCGUCCCAGGCAGAACGUGCCUGGCCGAGGAACUCGGGCGGAACAGCACGCCCGAUGGCUGCAGUCCCUCAAAGCAUCAUGUGACUGAUAUGUCUCCCACUGCGCAACCGGUGCCACAGAAGACAACGAAGACGUGGCCCCUCCCGAUCAUUGGUAAACGACCAGCAAUCCAGAAGAAGGAGAGGAAGAGGAGAAAGCUGCUGGAGAACAGUGAGGAGACGGCGAGCACUGCCGUCGUGGAGAGUCAGAACUCCUGUCCAGAAGAAGUUCCAGCUGCUGACAGGCAGAGCAGGGAAGAGGCGGCCCAGCCCAUCAGCUUCUCAGUGGAGGAGAUAGACAAGUACCGCCAGCUGCAAGAAGAGGCCAGAAAGCACAUGCAGAAGGUCCUGGAACAGACUCCAGCGUGUGCACACAAGGACAUGACACACAGCCCCAGAACUGAGAGCUACAGCAUCUCUGCUGACACGCGUCACCUGGACGCCGUGCAGGCGGGCCUGGCGCAGCAGGCCGGCAGCCCCAACACGUCUCCUGCGUUGUCAAACCUCCAUCACGUUGUGGUUCACACCAUCCCGUCCUCCCGCUCCUGCUCCACCACAGCAUCCCCGCCCGCUGUGGCCCUCUCCCACUCUGUACUGUCACCCAUUCACCCGUCUCUAACUCACUACCUUCACUUGUCUCCCUUGUCCAUUUCUGCCCUGCUGCCCUCCGUGUUUCUGUCUCAGCAUCCCGUCCAUGUCCUUCGGCCAUGUACGGCCUACACCCCUCUUGAUCCUUUCUCAGCAGUGGCGGUGCAGGCCUUGAACUCUCGACCUCUUGUGGACAGAGCGUGGCCAGUGCGGUUUCAACAGAAGGCAAUAUGAGCUGCUUUGAAGUUUCUGUUCGUUUGACCUUCCAGACACAAGCACUUGUUGUGCGUAGCAUAAAGCAGCCUUUGAUCAUUUCGACCCGCUCGCAAAGUGCAAAGGUGCAGCUGCGGGUUUGUUCAACCCACGCAGUUUGACGCGGCCUUCAGUCUCAGAGGUGUUUGUCCAGAGUCACAUAGAUUACAGUUCAGGGACACAGCAGAUCAGUGGCACAAAUGACAGGACCUUUUUAAAAAAUGUCCAUAUUUCCGUUACGCCAAAUGACAGAAUAAA